UCUCGGAAAUCCCACAACCGAGCACUUUCAACAUGACACCUCCUUGCGUAAAUAAACACCGUCGCGCGCGUGCGUGUGAAUGUAGCGCUGCCGGAUCGCGUGCAUCUGGUCAAAACAAAGCGGGGGCGCGCGCACGGGAGCGAGCGGAGGCGCAUGCUUCAUGAAUGAGUCCUCCGCGGUCUGCUCUCCGAACGCCGCCUCAUCCUCCGCCACAGGACCUCACAUCCUCGGACCCGUCGCCCGACUGGAAGCACCUAAAGGCAGACUCAGCCCCGGCGAGCCACCGAUGAGCCCGGACGUAGCCGACCUGACAUCGGAGCUUUAUGCGCGCGUCAUCUCGGCUGCAAGCGGGCGACAGGACACGGAACGAUGCUGGACGGACUCAGGCGGCGGCACGCCUCACGUUCCUCCCCGCGGCCCCUCUCCCUCAACUUCAGCACCUUCUCGGCGCCUCCCCCGAGCCCGGACUUGGACGGCGGCAAUGAGCAUCCAAUCAGGAGGACUCUGCACCGCCUCAAGCUGAUGAGCUCGCCCAGCCUUAGCGAGCUAGCUAAGAGCGACAAGGGUUCACCGGAGGACAGAGGCGAGAAGCAGAAGAGGGCGGGAGCUAAUGCCACCUGGAACAGCAUCCACAACGCCGUCAUCUCAGUCUUCCAGAAGAAAGGUUUGGCCGACAACGAACUUUACGCUCUCAAUGAAGGCGUCCGGCACCUGCUGAAAACUGAGCUGGGUUCUUUCUUCACGGAAUACCUUCAGAACCAGUUGCUGACAAAGGGCAUGGUCAUCCUGAGGGACAAAAUAAGGUUCUACGAAGGUCAGAAAUUACUGGACUCUCUAGCAGAGACGUGGGACUUCUUCUUCUGUGAUGUGCUCUCCAUGUUGCAGGCCAUUUUUCAUCCAGUCCAGGGGAAGGAACCGUCCGUCCGCCAGCUGGCUCUGCUCCACUUCCGGAGCACCAUUGUCCUGAGCGUCAAGCUGGAAGACGCCCUGUCACGGCCACGGGCGCGAGUGCCGCCUUCCGUCACGCAGAUGCUGCUCGUGUUGCAGGGUGUCCACGAGUCACGCGGUGUGAAUGAGGACUACCUGAGGUUGGAAUCUUUGCUUCAGAAGGUGGUAUCGCCUUACUUGGGAACUCACGGACUUUAUUCGGGAGAUGACACGGAGGACCACUGUUGUGUUUUAGAGAAGCGCUUCCAGUGGGGCUGGUCCAAGUCGGCCGAGCACCUGUCCAAGAACCCCGUGGUACGUUCCAAAAGCUACAACAUUCCACUGCUGCUGACGCCAGUGGCGGAGUACGACGCAGACUGCGGAUCGGUGGGCAGCGGGGGGAUCCGCCGUCACUCAGCCUGCGAGAUCUCCUCCUGCUUAGAAGAGCAAAAGUUGAACUACGCCGAGCCACUCUGCGGCUCUGCCUCCAACAGGCUUUGUGUGGGCUCGCACUACAAAGGUGCCAUGGCGACAGGCGGCGCCUCCGCCGAUCUCCCUCCGUCACCUCCGUCCAUCCUGCGCUCGUCGGGGGCCCUCCACGGCACCGAGGCUACCACCACCGUCACCGACCUGGGCCGAGCGGCGUCCUGCUCGCCGCCCAGCGAGUCGUCCAGCCCCGAAACCAUCAUAGGGCAAGCGCUCCGCUCCGCCGACUCCGACUCGGACGGGAUAUUCAUCGACUUCCCGCCUCGCUCGUCCGCUCGCGAGAGCAGGCAAAGCACGGUGUAGCACGCGCACGUAUCGAUGGUGAUCGUUGUUAGAAGUACAUUUCUCAGAUUUCAAUUCAGGUUGUUUUUCUUUUUUGGGGCUUUUUUUGAAUCGUGUUUAUAACAUAAGAAUAUUAAAGCUAAUGAUGGGUUUUGCUGUUAUUUUAGUAACAUAAAAACAGCCUAGCUUAAAUUUUCAGAAAUUUACAGAAAAUUUGUCAUUCAUUUGUGCCGAAAAAGUUUUCGUUUGUGCUGCUGUCAUUUUUCAGAUAUUAACAAUUAUUUGAUAGGUUAAUCUGAGGUCAACCAGCCCUCCAUUUUGAUUAAAAAUUGCGUCAAUAAUUUGUGCUGUAAAAUUUUGGGAUGGCGUCAUGCAGUCUCCAAUUUAUUGCAAAAUGGAUACAAAAUGGUUUAUUUUUGCCAUGUGGCAUUUUUUUGCCAUGUGGCAAAAAUGAUUUUGCCAUCUGGCAUUUUUUAUUGGUAUGUGGCAAAAUGGAUUUUGGUUUGUGGCAUUUUUGGGGGGUAUAUGGCAUUUUUGCAGGACAUGCACUUGCAUGCCAUUGACGGCUAUGCACGUCCAAAUUUUCCGUUCAUUUUAAAUGGCAGAAAAACAUGUGUGGCUGUGAUUUUUGACUAUACACUUACUAUCAGAGCGCAUUGACAUUCAACUGGCACCCGAGUAAGGCUAUGCCAUUGACGGCUAUGCACGUCCAAAUUUUCCAUUCAUAUUACAUGGCAGAACAAAACGUGUGGCUGUGAUUUUUGACCAUACACUUACCAUUGCAGCGCAUUGACAUUCAACUGGCACCCAAGUCAGGCUAUGCCAUUUACGGCUGUGCAUGUCCAAAUUUUCCAUUCAUUUUGAAUGGCAGAAAAACUUGUGGUUUUGAUUUUUGACGGUACACUUUACAUUACAACGCAUCCAUUUUGCCACAAAAAAAAAAAAAAAAUGCCACAUAUCAAAAUACAUUUUGCAACAUGGCAAAAAAUGCCACAUUGCAAAAUCAAUGUUGCCACAUGGCAAAAAAAUAUGCCACAUGGCAAAAUCAAUUUUGCCACAUGGCAAAAAAAAUCCCACAUAGAAAAAUCCAUUUUGCCACAUGGCAAAUACCCCUUUUCGUUCUCCGCCCUGCUGCAAAAGACAUUAACCUGAAACGCUUGAUUUGACAGCGGCAUCUUAAGACUGUCAUAAGAUCAAAUGAACCACCAUGAAGUUUUGAACCAAUUAGCUGCACGUUUCAUUGCUUCAAGAAGCUUCAUUUGGCCAUCACUGCUCCCUUGGGGGAGACAGUCAACCUUUGCGGCCACUUGCUGGCAACUCUGUUAUCGUCCAACAUGCCUCCUAGCAUGCAUUGUAGCGCUACAGAUGUAAAUAACAAUCCAAAUUCAUGUUCACGGGACUGCAAAAUGGAUCUGGAGGGAUCCCAUUUGUUUGUGUUCGUUUCCGCUAGUUGUUGGGAACACAUUGAGAGAGUUGGUACACUCCGUGAGCCGCGAGAGUUGGAUACGGAAAAGUUGCGAGUGACGUCAAAACAAUAGCAGCACAAAAUAAUUUUUUUACAGCACAAACGUAGCAUAAACAAAUGGCACAGUUUUGGGUCGAUUGUGCAAUAAAUGGCGGGGCUGCUUGACGUCAUCACUCGAAAUUAAUAUCUCAAAACCGAUAGCAGCACAAACCAACAUUUUUACAGCACAAACCUAGCACAAACGAUUGACGCCGUUUUUCAUCAAAAUGGGGGGCUGGUUGACCUCAGAUUGACCUAUAAAAAUUGGAAGUAUCUCAAAAAGUAUAGCAACGAAGAUGAAAUUUUUUUAAAGCACAAACGAAUGACUUUUUUUUUUUUUUUUUUUUAAAUAAAUUUGCAUCCUAAUCAGGGGCCAACUUCACGGAGGUCAACUACCUUUUUACAACAAUUGACCAAAAAAAAUUGCUAUUAUUUAUUUUUUAAGUAUAUAAAACGUAAAGGAAGUUCUCCUUAAUUUCGGCAAAGCUUUCCAAAAAGAAGUGUUUUUGUGCAAAAUUUGCCUAUGAAAAGCAUGGAUUGCACUUUUUUUGUGGGGGGAAAAAAUUGUAAAAUAACUUUAAAAAAUAGAUGCAUAGUAUACACUUAUGCAUACACUUAUUUGCAGGUGUGUUUUAUUUUUUGUUUUUGUUUUUUUGCAUAAUUUAUUUCAAAAACCAAAAACUUAACAAUUUACUUUCAGUUGGAAUACAAAACCCAGAAAAAUGUAAGAAAUGUUAAAAUGAAAAAAAAAAAGAUAAAGCUAUUAUAAUGCUUUUUAAAAGAAGGAAAUCAAUAUGCUGAUAAAUAUUUUUUUUUUAAAAUCCCUUCCUUUUUGGGGGAUAAAAGAUUUGAUUAGAAUACAUGCGCCGCAAAAAGGACAAGUCCAAAUGAACUACAACCGACCGGUACCCCAACAAGACGUGGCGCAAUACUGCCAUCUUUUGGAUAACUAGUAACUGGUAAGUAAAACCUUUCGGUUAAAAAUUAGGAAAACGUGCAGUGCCUGUUAGUCAAACCAGGUACCAAGUAAUACUGCCACCCCUUGGAUAGCUGAAGUAACCACAUAACAAGUUUGCAAAUCUGCAACAAAUUAAUCAGCCCUGAGAACUAUAAGUAAAUAUUAUUAAUAGUUGGAUGCAUCCACCUUUUUGUGGGUAUAUUUUUCCCAAAUAUUAUUCAUCUAAAAAAACAAAACAAAUCCUCAAACAUAUUUUUUGGAGGUGGAACAAAUUGUAGAAUUCUGAAAGAUUUACACAUUUUUUGAGUUUAAAAAAAAAGCUAAAUUUAUGGAGGAAAAUAAAAUGUUAAAGCUGUUAUAAUUCUUUUUGAAAAGUGAGGAAUCAAUAUGGCGAUGCAUAAUUUUAAAAUUGGAAAAAACAACAUUUUUUUUAGAAUUGGUUAGAAUGUAGAAAUAAACUAAAACCAUCCUUAACUGGUUUUGGAUAACUGGAUUAACUACUUAGAAUUCCGCAAUUUAUUAAUCAAAAAAAUCUAAUUGAGCUCCAAGGAGUGAUGCAUACACAUCCCUAGACUAUACCUACAAAAAUUUAAUUCUGCUCCGUCAAUGAAUAAUCACAAAUUAGCCAUUUUAGUUCAUGUCCUCACCAAAGACAACAACAAAGCGAGUGACUUUUUGAGCCCUCCUAUGGAUGCUCUGAAAAAAAUGGAGAUGCUAACUAGAUUUUUAAAAAAUAAUAAUAAAAAAAGACCAUACAUUGGCAAUGCUUUUUCCCCAAAAACAAAACCAUGCUUUUCAAUGCUAACUCAUUGGCUACCAUUGACAACGCGAGAUGUCCAAUCUAUUUUGACCCAAUCCCUCCCAGUCAAAAUUAACUGGACAUCUAGCGCUGUCAACGGCACUGAUACAUAAGCCCUCAUAACCUGUCCUCUCCAAGUGAAAUGAAUACAGUGGUGCCUCAAGAUACAAAGCUAAUUUGUUCCAGAGAGACUUUCUUAUCAUGAAUUUUUCGUAUAAUGAAUCGCGUUCUACAGGUAAAUCGCCUAUUUAGUUCCAAGCUUUGCAAUGCUUUGUCACCCCCUAGUGGCUCUUAAGUGACCUAGUUUGUUAGGUUCCAUCUCUUUCCACAAACGUUAUUACUUGACUACUCGGAGUUCUAAAAGACAAGCUAACUUCGACAGCCGUUGCAAUUUCACCUCGCUUUUUGUGCCUUGUAAGUUUUUUUUUUUUUUUAUUUGUCAUGUACAUGAGCAUACUGUGGCAAAUUGUCUGUUUACAUUCACGUAGUGACAUUAUUGCAUUGCUCCAACCGGGAAUUAUCACUAGAGAUGUCCCGAUCGCCGAUCAAUCGGGUCCGAUCACGUCAUUUUCAAAGUAUCGGAAUCGGCAAAAAAAUAUCGGACAUGCCUUUUUUUAAUAUAUAUAUAUUUUAAUUGAAUUGUUUUCUAAUUGUAUUUAACGUUACAGACAUAAUAUAUUACACUUAUCCAGAGUCUUUAGGCUUAAGGUAGGGUUAUCAAAUUUAUCCCGAUAACGGCGGUAAUUAAUUUUUUAAAAAAUGCAUCACGUUGAAAUAUUUAACGCAAUUAAUGAAUGCGCUGCACGACCCACUCACGCAUUGUCGCGCUCAAUCUGUAAUUGCGCUGUUUUACCUAUUUAGAGAGCUAAAAGGUAGCGUAAACUGAGUAGAGUGAAUUUUGGCAGCCUUUGGAGUCUUGUUUUAAAUGGCUAAAGCCUUACAAUCCCUCUCCCUAUGAUUAGAAAUAUCAGAAAUUUCCCAACGCAGAGAAGAUAUAUCAAUUGGUAGCACUAAGCACAGUCAUGGUUGCACUUCCCAUCAUGCAUUUGGGCAGAACAGUUAAAUGGCUACAGUAUCAUUUACUGAAAGCUCAACAAAUACACUAGAUGGCAAUAUUUAGUCACAAUAUACAAAGUCACAUUUAUCCUUUAAGAAUUACAACUCUUUCUAUCCGUGGAUCCCUCUCACAGAAAGAAUGUUAAUAAUGUAAAUGCCAUCUUGAGGAUUUAUUGUCAUAAUAAACAAAUACAGUACUUAUGUACUGUAUGUUAAAUGUAUAUAUUCGUCCAAGUUUUAUUCAUUUUUUUCUUAAUGCAUUGCCAAAAUGUAUAUGAUCGGGAAAAAUUAUCGGGAAUGAUUGGAAUUGAAUCGGGAGUAAAAAAAAUAGCAAUCGGAUCGGGAAAUAUCGGGAUCGGCAGAUACUCAAACUAAAACGACCGGAUCGGGAGCAAAAAAACAUGAUCGGAACAACCCUAAUUAUCACAGUAUGUAUUCUUUCAUAAAAUGAUUAAUUUUUCAUAAUAUGAAGUUAAAAAGCUUCGAAAAUGAAUUUUUCACAAACAAAACUUUCGUAUCUUGAAGUACCACUAUAUAUCUUAUGUUGUUAAGCAGGGAAAUUAGAGAAUUUAGCAGUCCGUGUGAUCAAGUUGUACGUCAAUAUUUUUAUCGGGCAUUGAUUGUGUUUUUAAUCCAGGUACAAGAGCUCCUCUUCUAUUAUUUAUUGACUGAAAUAAUAACACAGUAAUCCCCUACCACUUCAUGUUUUCAUUCUUCUUCUUUAGUCAAAUUUUAACUCUGUGAGGUCAUCAACCAAAACCCGAGUUUAGGGGGAUUACUGUUUCGAGCAGCUUCAUUCCAAUGAUCUUUUUUUUUUUUUUAAUGAAUGUAAAAAAUGUCAUUCCAUUUUCUACGCAUUUCUGAACGUGUCGUGUUGCUCUUUAUGCAUUUGGUGGAUGUGUCUCACGCUUGUAGAAGUCCAAAAAAGGGAGAAAAGUCGCUUUUUAGAUGCUGCCCUUGUUUUUAUUUUGUGCUUUGUUGGGCUUUAUGAAUUGUUUACAUUUCAAGACAAUUGUACUGAAUGUUGUCACACACUGCAUUUUGCACCUUGUUAUGGCAAGUGCGUUGGUUGUUUUUACAGACGGUCACGGUGGAUGAAUCUUUUAAUAAUAAGGGCUUUUUUAAAAUACCUUUUUCAACAGUAAAAAAAAGUUUUACCUCAAGGUUUUUUGUACUUUACUUUUUUGGACAAUCUAUGGAGUUGUAAUUUGUAUUCAUUUGUUAUACUUGCCUGGUAUAAAAAAUAGAUUUGAAUAAAAUGUUC